AUGGAAAUCGACAUCGACCUGAGCCCCGCACACCAGCGCUCCUCGCGCAAACACUUACGAUCUAGCGACAACGAUACCUGCGAUUGGAGCUCAGACGUCUCUGGACAAUUCGACGAUGCCGAAGAGGCGCAUGCAGAUGAUCACCGAUCGCCGCCCGCGAAGCUGACCAAACGACGUCGUUCCAACGACUGGCCGUUGCCCGAAGAAGCUGCUGAUUACGGAGCCCAUGAUCGCCGCACCCAACGCGGUGAAAAUGGGAGUCGCAGCGUGAGCGGAACCGGCUCAGGCUUUAAGGCCUCGCCCCGCGCUUCACCUCGCGGCUCGCUAGCUUCGCUGCGCGCUCGUCAUGCUGCGGCAUCUGCUUCCAGCCCCCGCCGUCCCAGAGGACGAACAUCGCGAUUCGUCGAAGCGACUAUGAGUGAUAGUGUCAGCGAGAAACCGCCCAGUAUCUACUUCCGGGAGCAGGAAAAUAAGAACCCUACCCUGCAGCACCGCUCAUCUGGUAUUUUUCGUUUUGGGAAGGCUAUUGCCUCGGCAUUUAAUCCCUUUGGUGGGUGGGGGAGGAACUCUGAGGGGUCGCCAAAUAAGUCGCCGCAGAAGGAUGUCAUCAACCAGGCGGAGCAGGCAUAUGCGGAAUUGAAGAAGGCUGGCUACAAGGGUACGAAUAAGGGUCAUUACAUCGAGGAUCUUCGUGUCAACCCUACACUCGCCGACCAGACCUGGCGGUCUAUUCAGCACAAAAUGGAACAUGGUUCUCCAGUCAAAGACUCGUAUCGCCACGCGAUUGAUCAAGGAAACUAUGGUAUACACUCGCGCUCUGAGUCUUCAGCUUCCAAACGCUCCUCCCUUCAAGAUCUUCGCCUGCCGAAGUCAUUCUUUAAAUCCCAUGGAUCGCCGUCUGCUUCCCCAGCAGUGUAUUGCGAUAGAACCUCCGAUGAAUACGAGCCAACUGGUCUGCGCAAGCAACCCUCCCGCAGGGAACUCUCGCGUCAAACAAAGCUGCUCAAGAAAGUAAGCAACCUCGAGGACAAGCUGCAACGUGCCCGGCGGGAGCUUCGUGACCUCACAGGCAACGAGGAACGGACCCCAGCACCUACAGCCGAGCCAAAGACCCUCAAUACCGAAAUGGAUCCGGCGUUAUUUCCAAGGAAGUUCGUCCCUGGUGCCCUUCCCACUCUGCCAUCGGAAAGGCUUCUGGAUCAACAGGCUACAGAAAACGGGCCGUCUGGCCCCGAAGGGGCCAGUCCAACGGCCCUGCCAUCCGUGGAUGGCCGCGACACUUUCUCCUUCGAAGAGUCACGACUGCCUCGAACCCCGGGUACGACCCAAAGUCCAAAAUGGCGCUCAAAAGGGACACAGCCGUCGUCAAUGGGUAAGGACCGCUCUUCCCGUAAACGGAAGUCUUCCAUUCCUGAAUCUAUCGAUAGUGGGAACCCUCCUCAGCCCAGUCCGACGAAAGGCAUCAACGAUCAUGAACACGACCCCGAACUCGAGGUUCUAAUUGACUCCGGUCUACUUAGCCCACCCGGGAAAGCGAAAUGGCCGAAAUCCGAAGCUGGCGAGAGCCCCGGCUCAGCCAAGCGCAAGCAAGCCAUCGACCACGCAGCUCCCCCGACCGAGUAUGAAGAAAAGGAAGCAGGAAGAAAUGCAAGUGCCACGCGCAACAUCAAAAGGUCCCCCUACGUUCAACCCCGAAAAGCCUCCGGAACCACCCGCUCACCAAGUUCCAAGCCCACAACCCCUCUCCGCAUGAGCAAAACCCAGACCAGCGCGCGUCUAGCGUCUUCGCCUGCCGCUACCUCGGACGACGACUUUCGUUCCAGUAUUUGGUCCACGCCUCUGCCUGCUCCGCCUGACCCCCAGCGCGAAGCCUUCUACCACCACCCACAGCGCCAGCUCAAUCCUGAUCGUAGCCCUCGCACCCCGACACGGUCGAAGACGAGUCCUAGUCGGAGACGGUCUGGGUAUCUGGUUGACGACGAUAUCCCGCCUGUACCGCCCCUCCCCGAAGAACUUCGCUCGAGUGCUGCCAAGGUCCACGUCAAUGCGAAUAGGUCGCCUAAAAAGAGACCUGUGUCUGCCCCCGUACUCUCUCCGUCGUCGGCUUCUGGUGUGGAGUCUGUGAUUUCGGGCCUAGAGGAUUAUCAGUGGCCUGAGGAUAUUUUCUGA